UCUCCGUAGUGACGUUAAUUGUGAGAGACCAGCGGUGAAAAUGGGCCAGAGCCAAAGCGGAGGACACGGACCAGGAGGUGGAAAGAAAGACGACAAGGACAAGAAGAAGAAAUAUGAGCCACCCAUUCCAACUAGAGUGGGCAAGAAGAAGAGGAAGUCCAAGGGUCCUGAUGCGGCCAGCAAACUGCCUUUAGUCACCCCUCACACACAGUGCAGGUUGAAGCUCCUGAAGCAGGAUAGAAUCAAAGAUUACCUGCUGAUGGAAGAGGAGUUCAUCAGGAACCAGGAGCAGAUGAAACCUCUAGAGGAGAAGCAGGAGGAGGAGAGGUCAAAGGUUGAUGACCUCCGUGGUACCCCCAUGUCUGUGGGGACUCUAGAGGAGAUCAUUGAUGACAAUCAUGCCAUAGUUUCGACGUCUGUGGGCUCAGAGCACUAUGUCAGCAUUCUCUCAUUUGUCGACAAAGACCUGCUGGAGCCCGGCUGUUCCGUCUUACUCAAUCACAAGGUCCAUGCUGUCAUCGGGGUGCUGAUGGAUGAUACAGACCCCCUUGUUACAGUAAUGAAGGUGGAGAAGGCUCCCCAAGAGACAUAUGCAGACAUCGGUGGACUGGACAAUCAGAUACAAGAAAUUAAGGAGUCAGUGGAACUGCCCCUGACCCAUCCAGAAUAUUAUGAGGAAAUGGGGAUCAAGCCACCUAAAGGAGUCAUUCUCUACGGUGCUCCUGGAACAGGUAAAACCCUUCUUGCCAAGGCGGUGGCCAAUCAGACAUCUGCAACAUUCUUGCGGGUUGUUGGUUCAGAGCUGAUUCAAAAGUAUCUCGGUGACGGCCCUAAACUUGUACGCGAGCUCUUCAGAGUGGCUGAGGAACACGCACCUUCUAUUGUCUUCAUCGAUGAGAUUGACGCCAUUGGAACUAAGAGAUAUGACUCAAACUCAGGUGGUGAGCGUGAAAUUCAGAGAACCAUGUUGGAACUCCUCAACCAGCUGGAUGGCUUUGACUCUCGUGGAGAUGUGAAGGUCAUCAUGGCUACCAACAGAAUAGAUACCCUCGACCCUGCCCUUAUUAGACCCGGUCGCAUUGACCGUAAGAUUGAGUUCCCGUUACCUGAUGAGAAAACCAAGAGAAGGAUCUUCCAGAUCCACACCAGCAGAAUGACUGUGGCAGAGGAUGUGAACUUGGACGAUCUCAUUCUGGCUAAAGACGACCUUUCUGGAGCCGACAUUAAGGCCAUCUGUACAGAAGCAGGGCUCAUGGCCCUCAGAGAACGCAGGAUGAAGGUCACCAAUGAGGACUUCAAGAAGUCAAAAGAGAAUGUUUUGUAUAAGAAGCAGGAGGGUACCCCUGAGGGUCUCUACCUCUAAUCUUUUCCCCAUUUUCAUUUCUGUGCUAACCAGUUAGUGUUAAUCUCCUUCUUGAGUGUAUGCUUGGCUAAAUUUGUGCAUGCCAGUUUAUUUCUUGCAGUUUGUUUUUCUGUCUAUUUGAUCAGAAAAUAAAUACUGGAACUGUA